AGGUGGGGGCGUGGCGAUCGCCACCCAGGAGGAGGCGGACCCAGGCCAUCCCCGGGGUAAAGCGGAGGGCCGAGCCGCGGGAGCCGCGUGGGUGACGCGCGCCCGCAGCGGAGAUGAGGCUCCCGGCCUGCGUCCUACUGUGCGUGGGGGCCUUGGGGCUCUGUCUGGCUGACGAUGAGAGAACCGUGAGAUGGUGCACUGUGUCAGAUCAUGAGACUGCCAAGUGCUCCGCUUUCCGUGACAACAUACAGAAAGUCUCUCUGGAAGAUGGUCCCUUUGUCAGCUGCGUGAGACGAACCUCUUACCUGGAGUGCUUCCUGGCCAUUAGGGCAAAUGAAGCUGAUGCCGUGUCGGUUGAUGGAGAUUCGAUUGUCAGUGCAGGCCAGGAGCCCUACUUGCUGAAACCCAUUGUGAUAGAAUACUAUAUGUCAAAAGAUGGCGAACCACAAACCUACCAUUAUGUGGUGGCCAUGGUGAAGAGGGACACCAGCUUCCAGCUGAACCAGCUGCAAGGCAAGAAGUCCUGCCACCCUGGCUUGUGGAACAUCCCUGUGGAAGUACUGACUUCCCAUGGCUCCUCUGCAGCAGCAGCAGCCAAGGUCUUCUCCAGCAGCUGCGUUCCCUGUGCGGAUGCAAAGACGCUGCCCCAGCUGUGUGAGCUGUGUGCCGGGAGAGGGAAGGACAAGUGCGCAUGCUCCUCCCACGAACCAUACUUUGGCUAUUCGGGUGCCUUCAAGUGUCUGGAGGACGGCGCUGGGGACGUGUCCUUCGUCAGGCACAUGACGGUGUUCGAGAACCUGCCCAACAAGGCCGACAGGGACCGGUAUGAGCUGCUGUGCCCGGACAACACCCGCAAGCCGGUGGAUGAGUAUGAGCAGUGCCACCUGGCUCGGGUCCCUUCCCAUGCAGUCGUGGCCCGAAGUGUGGACGGCAAAGAGGACCUGAUCUGGGAGCUUCUCGACCGGGCCCAGGCACACUUCGGAAAAGACAGCACGUCAGGUUUUCAGCUCUUUCGUUCACCCUAUGGGAGAGACCUGCUGUUCACAGACGCUGCCCAGGGAUUUAUGAGGGUCUCACCUAAGAUAAACACCAAGCAUGUUUCUUCUAUUCAGAGAUUGAAGAGAGGUAUGGGAGACUCGCACAGGGUGCAGUGGUGUGCAGUGGGCCCCCACGAGAGGGCCAAGUGUGAUCAGUGGAGUGCAGUGAGCGGGGGCGCCUUGGCUUGCACCACAGAAGACAGCCCUGAGGACUGCAUCGCUGCCAUCAUGAAAGGAGAAGCUGAUGCUGUUAGCUUGGAUGGCGCAUUCAUCUACGUAGCAGGCCGGUGUGGUCUGGUGCCCGUCCUGGCAGAGAGCUACAAUACUACAAAUGCCACCGAGAAGCUUGAGUGUGUGAACAGACCCAUAGAAGGUCAUUACGCCGUGGCUGUGGUUAAGAAAUCAGAUGCUGAUAUCACCUGGACGUCUCUGCGGGGAAGGAAGUCCUGCCACCCAGCGGUCGGCACAUCCGCAGGCUGGAACAUCCCCAUGGGUUUAAUAUACAACCAGACUGGGUCCUGCAAACUCGAUGAGUUCUUCAGCCACAGCUGUGCACCUGGGUCUGCCCCGGAUUCCCGCCUCUGUGCCCUGUGUGGUGGCGGCAGCGACUCAGCCCAUGUGUGUGCUCCCAACAGCCAAGAGAAAUACUACGGCUCCAGUGGGGCUUUCAGGUGUCUGGUUGAGAAGGGCGACGUGGCCUUCGUGAAGCACAGCACGGUCCUGCACAACACCGGUGGAAGGAACCCUGAAGCAUGGGCUAAGGACCUGAAACCGGAAGACUUUGAGUUGCUGUGCCCCAAUGGCACCAGGAAGCCUGUGACGGAGGCUCACAGCUGCCACCUGGGCAUAGUGCCAAACCACGCUGUGGUCUCGAGGAAAGAGAAGGCAGAUUUUGUCCGCAGAAUACUCUUCAACCAACAGGAGCUCUUCGGAAGAGACGGGUUUGAAUACAGGAUGUUCCAGCUGUUUGGCUCCUCCUCCUCCAAGGAUCUGCUGUUCAGUGACGAUACAGAAUGCCUGGCUAACCUUCAGAACAAAACCACCUAUGAAAAAUACCUCGGGCCGGAGUACCUUACGGCCAUUGCCGACGUGAAGCAAUGCUUAACCUCCAAACUUCUGGAUGCCUGCACGCUCCACGGGAAUUAGAAGCGGACCCCAGUGGGCAGCUCAAGUACAGCGGGGCCUCAGACUCCCUUGUCUUCCUGAAUUCACAGCAAUCAUCUAAGUAAUUCUGUGCUAUAAAUGAUGCAAAAACUAAAAUGAAUAAAAAUUGUGUCUUUUCUGGAAACUUCA